GCUGAACGGCGUUACAGAGGACUCAGCUUUUGCUCUGGACACUGAUUCUCCUCGUCCUGAAGAAUCUCUCUUUCGCUCUCUUGCAGAAAAUCUCCCUUUCUCUUUCUCUCGCGAGAUCUUUUGCUCUCUCUCUCGCAGAAUCCUUUUCUCUCUCUCUCGCAGAAUCUUUCUCUCAUACACGCGUCAGGUACUUAUUACAUACCAAAAUGUUAGAGGGUUUGCUGUUCACUAUAACGCUGGUGAUAGCCACUGCUUAUGCCUCGAGGUGCCCGGCCGGCUACCAACCCAUGCUGGGGACCUGCAUUCAGGUGGUGAUCGCAGCGGGUCCCGGCGAGUUCCCGAUCAAGUGGGAGGCCGCGCGGGCGGGCUGUAAGGAACGCGGCGGUGACCUCGCUUCCCUCAGCCCUCCUGAGCUGCUGGAACACAUCUCCAGACAUAUCGACGCCACGUAUCCAGGUCACAUUGCGGAUGACUACACUUUCUGGCUGGGAGGUCAGAAGGUCGGCACAGGGUGGGAGUGGCUUAAUGGUCACAAACUGAGCGUCAAGUCCAAUUUGUGGGUGCCCAACCUCCCUCCGAAGACCUCAGACACGCCCCUCUACACCCUGCUGGUUCCUGCUGAUCCCGUGACUCCCAGACGCUACCUGAACGUUGGCGGUCCCUCGAGCCAGUACCCUGCUUACAUCUGCCAGGCCUCUUGAAGGUGAGGGGAUGAAGCUGAGGCAAGCAGAGGCAAGCUGAGGCAAGCUGAGGCAAGCAGAGGCAAGCAAAGACAAGCAAAGACAAGCAGAUGCAAGUGGAGACAAGGAGAGAUGGAUAGAGAUAUGAAGAUAAUCACUUGGCUUAGGGAGGAUAAAUGAAUGAUGAUUCCAUUAAAGUAUAUACUUGUGUG